AUGUCGCACGAAGCACUCAACCCAAUUCAUCCCGAUGUUUUACCUUACUUGGAUCCGACCUUUGUCAAGCUCUAUAAUGAACAUGUCGCCAAUACCCCUGCCGGACCAAUUGAUCUCUCUGUGCUGAGAAGCAAAUAUUCUGUUUUGUAUUCGUACGGAACCGGGCCCGCUCCUGACUGUGCACGGAUCUAUGACAGCGAAUUGCCCGCUCAUAACGGCGAUCUGAUCCCGAUUCGAGUCUAUGAGCCUGACUCUCCAGGACCAUGGCCGGUUCAUCUAGAUUUCCACGGUGGAGGCUGGGGACUCGGCGACUUAGACACCGAAUCGCACAUCUGCAAACACAUAGCCGUGAAAGCAAACGUGGUGGUGAUCGAUAUGGCCUACAGGCUGGUACCUGAGUAUGCAUUCCCAAUCGGAAUCCAAGACUCCUUCGCAGCGCUCCAAUACAUCUCCAACAAAGGCGCAACCGAGUUCCAGAUCGACCCAACCCGAAUCUCAGUAGGAGGCGUUUCCGCAGGUGGGAACAUUGCGCUCAUUUGCGCACAUCUAGCUCGAGACGCGGGUAUUCCUCUCCGACUAGUCGCAGUUGGCACACCGACGAUCGAUGAUAUUUCGCAAUAUAACAAGGCCGCUGAUUCGCCUUGGCCAUCCAUGCAAGAAAUGGAGCACGCGCCUACACUGAACUGGGGACGGUUGAAAUGGUUUGAUAACCUGAAAUGGCAAAGUCUUGCAUCGGAAGGCCCUGUUCGGGAAGCUCAGAUCGCGGCUGUGAAGUGGUAUGCGAAUGCUCUUCAAGCUCCAGAUUUUACAAACUUGCCUAAGACUGUCAUCUACACUGCUGGUUGUGAUCCUUUGCGUGAUGAGGGAGAGGCUUAUGCACGGAAGCUCAUUGAGGGAGGCAAUGAGGUCAUUCAAAAGCGAUUCGCGGGGGUUCCGCAUCCGUUUAUGCAUAUGGAUCAAUCCUUGUGGCAAGCGAGAGAGUUUAUUGAUAUGACAGCGAGCCAUAUUAAAACGACCUUACAUGCCGAUUAA